AUGGACUUCACAAACGGCAUCAACGGCCAUGCGUCUCCAACUCAACCCCUCAAAAUAACAAUAUGCGGCGCCGGCAUCGGCGGCCUGUCUGCAGCAAUCUUCCUGCGCCAACGCGGGCACACAGUAACCCUCCUCGAAGCUUCGGGCUUCGCCAACGAACUCGGCGCAGCCGUCCAUCUCGCCCCCAACGCCAACGGCCUCCUCCGACGCAUGGGCCUAAUCCCUGAAGCUCACGGCGCCAUAACAUGCAAGGUCAUGACACAACUGCUUCCAAAUGGGAAAGAGCUGUUUACCGUGUCCUUGGAGCGCGAUGCAGACCGGUGGCAGCACCCGUGGCAGCUUGCGCAUCGCGUGAGCUUGCACAGUGAGUUGAAGAGACUAGCGACACGUGAAGAGGGUGAGGGAACACCAGCGGUGCUGAGGCUGAGAAGUAAGGUUGUGGAUGUUGAUGUCAAGGCUGGUGUUGUUACGCUGGCAGAUGGGGAAAAGAUUCAAAGUGACGUUGUUGUAGGCGCGGAUGGUGUGCAUUCGAAGACGCGUCCACGGAUUCCUGGUGCGGAGAAUGUCAAGACGUUUGGAAGUGGGAAGAGCGCUUUUAGGUUCUUGAUUCCGAGGCAGAGGGCUCUGGAUGAGGAGAUGACGCGCAAGUUCGCGGAGAAGGAGGGCCAUCUCGUGAUGAUUUUUGGGAGGGAUAGAAGGGUUGUUGUGUAUCCGACGAGUGAUAAUACCUUGUUGAAUUUUGUUUGUAUUCAUCCGACAAGCGAAAGCCAGAUUAACCCUCAAGAGGCUGGGAGUAGCGAUUGGCAGAAUCAGGGUAACUUGAGCAAACUGUUGGAGGUUUAUAAGGAUUUUGAGCCGGCGGUGCUCAAGCUGCUGGGUAUGGCAGACGAGGAGACGUUGAAGGUGUGGGAAUUGUUGGACAUGGAGCAGUUGCCAACCUGGACGGAGGAGAAGUUGGUGUUGAUUGGCGAUGCUGCUCAUCCUUUUACGCCUCAUCAAGGACAAGGAGCAGGCCAAGCCAUCGAGGACGCCGCAUCCCUCGCUGUCAUGCUCCCCCUAGGCACACCCCUCGACUCCAUCCCCGCACGUCUAAAGCUCUACGAGAAAUGCAGAUACGAGCGUGCAUCUGCCAUCCAAGAAUACUCCCGGCUAGCAGGGAAAGAUCUCGGCAGCGGUCCACCAGUUGACCCGCAAAAGUUCACCAACUACAACUUCGGACACGACGAAUGGGACUACUCGAGCCAAAUGCUCCGCAAAUGGGAGUGGGAGAACAAGAAAGGUUUACUCUGGCGGAUGCCCACGGCUUUUGGUCCUAUGCCAGGGCCGAGACAAGACUUCCAGGGAAGGCCGAGAGAUGGAUCGAAAGCUACCUUCAAGACUGCCAGUAUUAAGUUCAAGACAAGCAGGACGGUAUUGGAGAACCUCUUGCCGACGGAGAAGUUGAAGUUUGCCGUGGCUGAUACUACUGCGUAUGCGACGUUUGCUGUGACGCAGCUGGACAAUCUUGAGUGGCUUGGUGGCAAGGGGUACAGUCACUUCGGACUGUACAUCCACGGCAUCCAGCACACGACCGCGAGCGGGGGAACAGUGACAGGCACCUAUCUGCCCGUCUUGUUCGAGAACCUGGCCGAUCCCAUACUGAGUGGUAGAGAGGAGCUAGGCUUCCCCAAGCUAUUCGCCGAGCUCAACUUGAAGAAAGAUCACAGCAACUGGACACUCGAUGCAGGCUGGAUGUCAUCAAAGUUCUGCAGCAUGUCCCUGUCAGGUCUACAAGAGACUUCGGCCACGGACGAUGCGGCACCGGCGCUAUCUCCACCUCUUCCAAAAGACGAAGGUUUGUUGUUCCACAAAUACGUACCCGCUACUGGUAGUACGGGUAGCAAGGAGCGAGGACAGGCGGACGUGGAGUACACCGCUUUCCUGUCAGGUGAGGAGGAUGCGAAGACGGUGGAGAAGAAGGUUGAGCGGACGUUGAAGGCAAGCGCAGCUGAGAUCUCUUUUGAUGCUCUAGAUUGGAAGGUCCUGCCAACGCUGCACCAUAUCGUCGAGAGACUGAAGGAAGUUCCAGUGUAUGAGGUUGUCGAGGCAAAGGUAGUUGAAGGCACCGGAGUGAGCGAUGUGAGCUCAGUAGGGAAGCUAGCAUGA